AUGCAAAAUCUUAAAUUAUUAAAAACCCAUAAAUUAGAUAGAAAAAAAAUCAAUGAGAGAUCAUUUGGUAUAAAAGAUAAAAAAGUUAUUGAUGAGUUGGUGGAUGUUACCACUGAUCAACAAGGUUUUAUUGAACCUGUCAUGAAGUUUCUUUCAGAGUUCAAUUGCAUACCUAAAAACUAUUUAGAAAAUAGAAUGCUUUGUGAAACAGCCCAUGCAUUAUAUUCACAAAAAGAAAGCAAUCCUCAAAUAUCAGAAGUUAUUCAAAAAUAUUUUUUAAAAGCAGCCUCUAACGGUUCAGCAGAAGGUUUAUUUUUUUAUGCAUCAAUUAAAUAUUUAGGUGAUAAUUGCGAACAAAAUUUACCAAUGUCAAGAAAAUUAUUCGAAAAAGGUGCAGAUAUGGAUAUUUAUGUAAAAUGCCCUGAUGGCGAAUUAAUCGAAAAUAAAAAUGUCAUCGAUUGUUGCAAAUGUUUAAGUGGUUUCGCAAUGGAAGGUGUAGGUGGUGCCGUUGAUUUAGAAUGUUCGUUUAAAUACUAUUCAAAAGUUCUCGAUAAUAAUCCAAAAGAUUUAGAUGCCCUUCACGGAUUAGGUAAGUUACAAAUAGAGUUAAAGAAAAAUAUGGAUGAAGCAUUAAAACUUUUUAAGAAGGGUAUGGAAUUGGGUUCUGCUGAUUGCACUUUUGCAUAUGCUGAAAAUACCUUUGAUUCAAAUCCAAAGUUAUCAAUGAAUCUAAUUGAACGUGCCGCCAAAAAUGAUUGUGAAGAAGCUAAAUUUAGAUUAGACGAGUUUAAAGAUAAAUUUAACUCUUUAAAUAAAAAAUAA